GUGAAGACCAAGUAUUAUUUUGUAAUUUAGAAGACAGGUAUAAUAUUAUUACAUAUGCAAGUAUCUAGCUUUAUUAUCUAUGUGCCAUAAAAUAAUAAUGAUCAUUCUAGUUUGAUGUCACCGGAAUCAAUUGUAUCAACUCGAUUAUAAGUUAAAGUUCAUUUAAUCGUUUAUCGUCACAUCACAGAUAUCUUAUUGUCGUUGCGUAAUUUCGCGCGGUGACGUCACGAUUGAGUGCACUAUAUACUGCUGUUGUACGAUUCUAGCUGCGGUUAUGUCGGCAUGUUGAAUUGUCUAUGCGGCGAAUGCGGAUGUAUUUACGUUAAGUAAGUUACAAAAGUAAUAAGUCUGUAAAAUUUGGGACAACACAAUUUGGAGUUUGGCUCGCAAAGGUAUCGAUAACGACAACAAAUGCUCCCGUCAAAGGUCACGUUUCUUGUCAGAAAUAUCGUAGCCGGUGUUCAAUAUGAAUCACGACACGCUGCUGUUCUCCCACGUAAAUUCCUGCAAAGCAAUACGUCACUGUUUUCAACAACAAUGCGACAACAAAAUGAGCAGCAACAAGAUGCCGUUAAGGAAGAAUCGUCCUCGCUCUCGACACACACGGGUACACCGGAUAAAUUGUAUAAGAAGAUUGAGAUUGAGGUCAGGGGAAAUGAACCAGCUGUGUUGAAGAGUUACGGGAUGUUUGCAGUGAUGGCUGCGAACCAUUUAAAAAUCCACGUAGCCAGGAAUACAGCGCCGCGCAAAGCUAUUCACGAACGAUGGACGGUACUGAAAUCAGCUCAUGUUCACAAGAAACAUCGUGUUCAAUACGAGAUCAGAACUUACUAUCGUUAUCUCGACUUCCUGAGGUUAACUGGAUCCACGGCGGAUACUUUUCUGGAGUACCUUCAGAGGAAUCUACCGGAGGGAGUGGCGAUGAAAGUGACCAAGACUGAGUUGGAGAAGUUACCAGAGAGUAUAGCUGCGAUGUCUCAAACGUGAUGCGAGUACUUGUGAGCAAUUCUUUAUAUCGUACAGCUUGUAUCGUGUACAUAGUUCAUUUAUUUGCAAGUUAAUCGCGUUGAAGAUUCCAUCAAUCCGUAUUUCUCUCGUCUCUCGAUGUCAAUAGCGAUACGAAUAAAGACACCGCUCGACGAA